AUGGAACUGGAGUCGGUUGUCACCUCUGACUUCGGAGUCUCGGAUCAAGCUGAAUCGCCGUUCGAGAGCGCCGAGCCCGAAAAUUCUGAAGUUCGUGCGGAGGUCGAUGGAAUCUCCGGCCAGACUACAGAAGGGAGUAUUGAGAAGACUGAGGCUGCAUGUAUUGAAGACAAGGGAGGGGAAACGAACGAAUCCGCGCCUCGCUCUCGAGAUGAUCCCUAUCGACUCGAAGACCCCCCCGCUGCGGAGCGUGUCAAUCUUGAAACGUCCGCCAUUGACGAGACCGAAAACAACCCCGCUCUCGACAAACAAGUGUUUUCUGCGCCUCAUCCAGAUUCCCCUGCUGUUGAGCCUGCCAGCCCCAAGGAAUCUUCUACCUUUGCCGAGGCCCAGAAAGAUGCCACUCUUGAUAAGCAAGCUUCGUCUGACCAGAGCUCCUCAUUGCGAGAUUCUACUACAUCAGUUCUUCAUGGACUAACAGCAGAAGAGCCCUUUGCCACCGUCGAGGCUGAGGGGGACGUUGUUCUGGACACUAUGAUCUCAGUACCUGAGCGGGCCUUUUCAGUUCAAGAUUCGACACCGUCAGACCUCCCUGAACCGACCAAAGAAGAGCUCCUUGUCACUGUCGAGACCCAGGAGGAUGCUGCUCUAGACAAAGACGCGAUUCCUGCGCCUCACCCUAAUUCCCUUGCUGGGGAUCCUGUCGGCUCUGAGGAACCGUCUGUCCUUGGCGAGGGCGAUUCCCCAGCGUCAGAUCUUCCUGGACCGACAGAAGAAGAGCCCUCCGCCACUGUUGAGACACAGAAAGAUGCUACUCUAUACGAAGAAAUGCUCUCUUCGCUUCACCGGAACUCCCCGGUUCAAGAUUUUACAGCAUCGAGUCUCUCGGUAACGAAGGAAGAGGAGGCUGUUGCUGAAACUGCCAAUCUCUCCCAAGAUUCUCCCCCGCCAGAGUCAGUCGAACAAAGCCUCGAAUCUCUGAGUGAGCCCAACGAGCCGGAGACAUUGCAUGAGCAAGAGCAAAGCGUCAUUGGAGCGACGGCGAGUGUCCCAAAGCACGACGAGGAAUUGUCUUCACCAAAAAGUGUCGACAUUGAAGUGUCGACGCCAAAGGACCAGAGCACAGAUGGAGAAUGGUCUGGCUCUGUGACUGGAAAGAAAGGGAAGAGGGGCAAGAAGAAACGACGCGGCCAACUCACGGCUCUACCUUUGGAGGAGACGACAACCGAGAACUCCGAUCUCCCAGUCACGGGAACUGAGCCCAUCCUCGAAGGAAAUGAGAAGCCUGAGCUUGUCGAGCAUCAAUCCGAAACUGCGCCCGAACCCCUUCAUGAACUUGCUGCUCCAAAGCCAGAGGUGGCCGAUGCGAAUGUCAAUGAUACGAUGGCGUCAGUCGCGCCCACGCCAGCUCCUGAAGAAACAGCAGUGCCGGAAAUCGGUGAGAAUCCUGAACCUCCGGCCGAAGGAGCUAUCCCAGCUCAGGCCAUCGAAGCCGAAGGAUCUCGGAGCUUGGAUCAGCAAAUCGAGUCAACAAAAGCUGAAGAUGUCUCCACUUCCGAAGCAGACAGCCGAGAUGCGCCUAGCUCUGAGGACCUCGGGGAAACCAUGCCAGACAAGAGGCUUUCAAAGCGGGACAAGAAGAAAAAGAAGAAGCGGGGUGGCUUGAUUGAGUCUGCACACGAUGGCCCAGAGCGGAGCGAGCCCAUGCCUUUGGCCGAGUCGAAUGAUGUUCCAUCUGUUGCUCUGGAGAGCAUACCAGAGGUGCCGGAGGUCGCGCAAGUGACUUCGCAGGAGUCUUCGGAAGAUUGGUCUUCGACCAAGAAAUCGAAGAAGGACAAGAAAAGGGCGCAGAGAGCCGCUCUUGCAGCGGCUAGCCCAUUGGCUGCAAGUGUUGCUCUGGGUGCAAGCAUGGAAGCAAAGGAAGAGACAGCGGAGGAGUCACACCGAGCGGAGAGCCCUCGGCCACCGAUGGAGCCAUUCGCGGAGGAGGAGCAGCAGCCUGUGGGAGAGACACACCAUGUGCAAGAGUCACAGCCCGCGGAGGAGCCCCAGCCCGCGGGAGAACCUCGCGAGCCUGAGCCGGUCAGGUCGUGGGCGGAUGAGGUGUCGGAGAGUGUGUCGUUUGUUUCUGUCGAAGUCCCUCGGAAGACACCGCAAAGUGUCCGAGAAGAUGGGGAUGGUGGGCUCGAAGUACCGUUCGAGAACCAAGAGGACCGAGAGGGAAGCAAGACGGAUCCCGGUGCUGCUGAAAGCAAUACCGAGAGCAUGUCUAUCGUCAAAGCAGAGCAGUUUCCCGAACCUGCAGCCUCUGAAUCCCAGCACACCAGAACCAUCAGCGGAGCAGCUUCUAACGUGGAUGCUAUGGAGACCAAGCCAGACUUGCAGGCCCUGGAAGCUCCCACGAUGGCGGAGGUGGAGACCCCUGGAAUUCCUGGGAUGGUGGGAGCACAGGCUCUUGAAGCUCCCACGACAGUGGACGCAGAGGACGAAUGGGCCCCGACUACCAAGAAGAGAGGAAAGAAGAAUAGAAAGGGCAAAGGUAGCGGGGCGCUGACGCCUGCAACGGAGUCGGGUGCUUCUUCACAGCCUGAAUCCGCAGAGUUCUCGAGACAACCCAUCGAAAAAGCUAGCCCUGAACCUGCGGCCAACCUUCUUCCACAACCUGAAGAGCCCAAGCCCACAGAGCCUGAGCAGACGUCUCAAUCCUUUGAAGACAACGACACAUGGGCUUUCACGACCGGGAAGGGCAAGAGCGGCAGCGGCGUUGCUACACCAGCGAUUGAGCCCGAGACUUUGGCCGAGCCAGACCCAGUCCAAACCGUUGGAGAGAUUGGAGAGACUGGUGAACAAACACAUGACCCUGAGAAAGCGACUGAGCCUCUUUCCGAAAGAGAAUGGCCGAAUGAGGGGCUUCAGCUACCCUCCCAGACUGUUGAGGUCCCUGUAUACAACCUCUCGGCGUCUAUGACUGAGCCAGCCCAGCGAGGCGAAGGAGAAGAGGCGACAGACACUCCAGGGAUCUCGUGGCGGGAUCCUGAGACCGAGGGCCCGCCGUCUGCCGGCGAUGUUCCUUCGAGCGAAGCCAAGGAUCAGCCACUUCCGACUGAACCCCCUCCAACCGAAGAGAAAAGUCCAGACCUUGAAGCGGAGAAGCCGAGCACAGAACCCAAGCUUACAGUCGAAACCGAGAAUGAGUGGCCCACAUCGAAGAAGAAAAGGAAAAGCAAGGGAAAGAAGGGCAAGGGAUUCGCCGCGGUGCCCACCGACGAAUCCAUCUCCCUCACUCAAGAAAAGACUGACCAAGCCGAGGAUUCCGGGGCUCUUAUCUUGUCUGAAGCUCAGCCUGAGGAGCCUGCCGGCAGAGGAAUGGGCAAAAGCCAGCUAGAAGAGCCCAAGAUUGCCUCGGUCGUCGAAGAGCACAUCGCUGGAGAUGCGAUGGACGUGGACGCUCCUGAGGACCCAGUCGAUGUAUCGAAAUCAGCGGAGAAAGAGCCAAUGGUCUUGAACAUGGAUCCUGCUCCUGCUGAAGCCAGUCCAGACAGCAUCUGGGAAGCCCCAGCAAAGAAAAAGGCGAAAAGGGACAAGAGGCGGAAAUCAAAGCAGCCAAUCGCUCUGACCUCGGAACCCGAUUCUUCCAGCCAGAGACUUCCUGCCGCCUCAUUCCCAAGUGAGGCUGAAGAAACUUCCACGACAAAGGGUGAGACGAGGGGCCUGCCGGCGAGCGACGAUGGAGCCGACUCCCCUGUAUCCAAACCCGAGGCGGGAGUGAACAAGGAGAGCGUCGACUCACCGGCUUCGGCUCUGGCGGCCUCGCCGGCUUCAGAGGCCAUUGAGAUCUCCAAGGCAUUCGUCGAGCAAUCAAUCUCCGAGCCUGGUCAGAAGCAGAUUGAGAACACCUCUGCACCUUCCGGCGAUACAUCAACCGACAUGGGGGCAAGUACCUUUGAUGAUGUCCGGGAGGGCGACCACGGACCAUCGGUUGCAGGGACGGAGUUUCGAGCUGCAUUACCGGCAAAGAACAGCACGCCCAUCAAGGAAGCGACGCUAAAGGAUGAGACUGUCGAGGGAUCUGGGCCAAGCAACACGGAGAAAGUCGCAGCAGCUGGUGCGAUAACUGGCGGGGUGGCUCUGAUCGCCGAGAAAUUUGGAGGCAGCAAGAAAAAGAAGAAGGGAAAGCAGAAGAUUGUGGACAAGCGGCAGCCACGGGAGGAAGACUUUUUCGACGACCCAGCCUUGUGGGAGGGGGCAGACAAGAAAGGCUUGGAGACGCAACAAGGACCAAGCAUGGACGAGAACUUUUGGGGUGACAGUGAGGAAAAGGCGGAAGCCAGCAAUGCCAGGGAGGCAGGCGCUCCUGCAUUCGUGAGCGAAAGCUUGACUGAGUCGGAGGAGGGCUGGAAAGAGACGGCUCGGCAAGGGGCGCCUCUGGACGAGGAUUUCACGGAGAGCCCGAUACUGGGUCGGGGAGAGAGAGGUCUGGUCAAGGCAGAGCCUGCUGGCCUGCUUCGUCGAGGACCGGAGGUGGAGGAGCCAGUUGGUGGGCUGCUCAGGGAAGAACGAGAGGGGCCAGCCGGGCAGGGCAGCGCAACACCGGAGGCGAUGGAUGUGCAGAUAUCGUCAUCCCGUGCGCUGCCUGCGGUGCAAGAAUUUCCCGAGGCUGAGGCAGAGGCGGAAGCGACCCGGCACCACUGGUCAACGCCGGAUGUGAACCGCGAUAGCGGAUUUGGAUCAGGCUCGCCGAACCCGCAGCAGCGCCGGGGCAAACUCAUGUGGGAGCAGCAGCAGCGAGACAGCGGCGUCCACACCGGAGACGGAGCCGAGAUGAUGGCUCGCACCCCCGAGCCCGGCGGCGUGGUCCAAGGGGGGAAACCACGUCGGUCGCCGUACGGGACGCCCGUCGUUCGGGGUGGGACGCCCGUGCUGCGGGAGCCGCCGGCCGCAGAGGCGACGCCCGAGCCAGAGAAGAAGCGCAGCAAGAAGAAGAGCUACGGGGACCUCGGCGGAGUGGCGGCGGCGACCUCGUCGUCGUCGUUGGCCUUGACCGGGAGCCGGCAAGCGGAGCGCAGCGCGAGCGACAGCCAUGCCGCCGAUAGCCGAGGCCAGGCGCUGUCGGAACGGGCCGAGGCGGCGUCCUUUGGCGCGCGGCGGACGGCGUCUAACACGAGCCUAGCGCGGCGGCACACGCCAGAGCCGCUCAAGUUUCGGCCUGAGAGUCCAGGCAGCAUCAUGUCAUCCCCAGCCCCCCCACUUCGGCGGAUGAGUAAGCGCAUGAGCGGCGACCUGCGAGCUCUGCGGCGUCAAAGUAGCGCAACCAGUUCGACGACGCACGACAAGGAGACGGACAAGUACCAAGCAUCCGGCUCUUCGUCGCCGUCGCCGCCGCCCGUCGCCAACGAGAGCCGCGCGCGGGCCCGAGGAGGCGAAAUGGCGGACGUCUACGAUGGCUUCGGCGAGGGUCGAAUGGGCUCGCCGCGCUCGCCCACGCGCCCGCACAGCAUGCGCCGCCGCCAGAGCAUGCAGGUCCUUGAGCUCGAGUCGCGCGUCGAGCAGCUCAUGGCCGAAAACACCCUACUGGCCGAGGCCCGCUCCCACGCCGAGCACAAGCUGAGCCAGCGCGCCGCCGCCGUCCUGUCAGAGCGCGACGCCGAGAUCGAAUCCCUCAAGCAGUCGCUGCAGUUUCUCCACAACGAGGUCAGUCGCCUGACCGAGGUCAACGAUGGCCUCGCCAGCGCAAACGCAGAGCUCGCCGCAAAGGACAGCGGCCGCUACGCCGACCUCGAGGUCCGUUACGCAACCGUCGCCCGCGAGCUCGACGAGGCCCGCGGCGUCCACAACACCUUUAGCCAGACGCUGCAGGAAAAGGACGCCGAGAUCGCCGGCCUCCGCGCCCAGCUCGAGUCUGCCAAAGAGCAAAUGCGCGACAUGCAGCGCAAGAUACUCGACUCAAAGGCCAGCAGCCCCGAGUUCCUCAACUUCAAAGACGAGGACUACUUCGACAAUCGAUGCCAGCAGCUGUGCUCCCACGUCCAGCAGUGGGUCCUCCGCUUCUCAAAAUUCUCUGACAUGCGUGCAUGCCGCUUGACAAGCGAGAUCAACGACGAAAAGACAAUCGACCGCCUGGACAAUGCAGUCCUCGACGGCUCCGACGUCGACUCGUACCUCAACGACCGGGUCAGGCGGCGCGACAUCUUCAUGUCCAUGACCAUGAACAUGAUCUGGGAGUUCGUCUUCACCCGAUACCUCUUUGGCAUGGAUCGCGAGCAGCGCCAGAAGCUCAAGUCCCUCGAGAAGCUCCUCAUCGAGAGAGGCAACUUCAAGGAACAGAGGGAGCUUGACACCGAGGCCGUCGUGCAGGCCAUCUUCCAGACCCUCAGCAAGAUUCUGCCUCCGCCCAGCAACCUGGAGAGCCAGAUCCAGUCGCAGCUGCGCAGGGUGAUGCGCGAAGCCGUUGAUCUGUCGGUCGAGAUGCGCACCCAGCGAGCCGAGUACAUGAUGCUUCCACCCUUGCAGCCUGAGUACGAUGCCGAUGGUGAACUGGCCGCCACCGUUUACUUUGACGCCGCCAUGAUGAAUGAGCGGAGCGGCAAUCUCUCCAUGACCAACGAGGAGAUUGAGGCGCAGGGGGCCGUGGUACGGAUCGUGCUCUUCCCCCUGGUCGUCAAGAGAGGUGACGAUGACGGUGUGGGCGAGGACAAGGUUGUGGUCUGCCCGGCACAAGUGCUCGUGGCCCGCGACAAGGGCAAGCGCCACUUCACGCCGUCUAGUGACGCCGGCGGCGCAUCCCUCGGCGCCCCGAGCCGCAUCAGUGUCGUGACAGACCACUCCAUGGCACCGUCUGAGGGGCAUUACUUGGCGAGCGAUGUCUAG